CAUCACACACGGCCAGUAAACAGCAUGGCGGCGUCCGUGCAGCGUUUCGGCGCAGUGGGAAGAAGAUUUUUAAAAAAUGUGCUGAACACAAGAGCUGUUAACGGGACCAUUGUUGGAUCCAGUCGGCAUCGCUCCACUCCAGCUGUCAGUCACGUGGUUCUAAACGUACCUGAGACGAAGGUCACGGCCCUUGAAAACGGACUGAGGGUUGCGUCCGAAGACUCGGGACUGUCCACGUGCACGGUUGGUCUGUGGAUUGAUGCUGGGAGCCGAUAUGAAAAUGAACGAAACAAUGGCACAGCCCACUUCCUGGAGCACAUGGCAUUUAAGGGCACCAGGAAAAGGUCACAGCUUGACUUGGAGUUAGAGAUCGAAAACAUGGGAGCUCAUCUCAACGCUUACACCUCAAGAGAGCAGACCGUGUACUACGCUAAAGCCUUCUCCAAAGACCUGCCUAGAGCGGUGGAGAUCCUGGCUGACAUCAUCCAGAACAGCACACUGGGAGAGGCAGAGAUCGAGCGGGAGCGUGGAGUCAUCCUCAGAGAGAUGCAGGAAGUGGAGACUAACCUGCAGGAAGUUGUCUUUGAUUACCUCCAUGCUACGGCCUAUCAGGAGACACCCCUGGGAAGAACCAUUCUGGGUCCUACAGAGAACAUCAAAUCAAUAAAUCGAGGAGACCUGGUGGAGUACAUCACAACACACUACAAGGGUCCAAGAAUUGUAUUGGCAGCAGCUGGAGGUGUGUCACAUUAUGAGCUUAUUGAUUUGGCCAAAUAUCAUUUUGGAAAGCUACCAGCCAGAUACAGUGCUGAAGCAUUACUACCCUGCCAUUUCACAGGAAGUGAGAUUCGUGUCCGAGAUGAUAAAAUGCCCUUGGCUCAUAUUGCCAUUGCUGUGGAGGCCGUCGGGUGGUCACAUCCAGACACCAUUCCACUAAUGGUGGCAAACACACUCAUCGGGAACUGGGACCGUUCGCUUGGCGGUGGGAUGAAUUUGUCCAGUAAGUUGGCACAGAUGGCGUGUCAGGGUAACCUGUGCCACAGCUUUCAGUCCUUUAACACCUGUUACACUGAUACAGGCCUGUGGGGACUUUACAUGGUGUGCGAACCGGGGACCAUCAGUGAGAUGAUUCGCUUCACUCAGCUCGAAUGGAUGUCUCUGUGUACGAAUGUGACAGAUAGCGAGGUAAACCGAGCAAAAAACCUGCUCAAGACAAACAUGCUGCUCCACCUGGAUGGGUCGACACCCAUCUGCGAGGACAUCGGCCGACAGAUGUUGUGCUACAAUCGCAGGAUUCCUCUACAUGAGCUGGAGGCCAGAAUAGAAGCUAUAGAUGCCACGACCAUCAGAAGUGUAUGCAUGAAAUACAUCUAUAAUAAAGCUCCUGCCAUAGCAGCUGUUGGUCCAAUUGAACAACUCCCAGAUUAUAAUAGGAUCCAGAGCGGCAUGUAUUGGUUAAGAUCAUAAAGACAAUGCUAAUACAUCAACAAAAUUACAGACAAUGGAUAUUUAAUGUGUGCUUUUUCUUGUUUAUUUUAUUAUAAAAUAAAGAACAACACAAUAAAGUUAAAAGACCAA